AAAAAAACAACGAAAAAAAUAACAAUUAAAAAAAAACAGAAGUCGGCGAUCGUUGACGUCUCCGUGAAUCCCUUCCAAGAGAAGAAAAGAAAAAACGAUGACCGAAGAAGGGAAGAACAGGGGCGUUACCGGCAACCCACAGAGUCCGUACUACGGCACUUUUCAGGGCGUCGCCAACUAUUACCCUUCCGUUCCACCGCCACCUCCUCAUCCGGUCGUCGGUUUCCCUCAGCCGGUUCCACCUCACGGCACAAACCCUAAUCACCCUCCUUAUUAUUACGGCUACAACAAUAACAUUAUUCCAACAGGCUAUGCAGUGAUUGAAGCUAGACCGUUCAUUGAACGAAGGCUUCAGUGCUGCGGUCUCGGCAUGGGAUGGUUCUUGUUUAUUCUUGGUUUCAUUUUUGGUGGCAUUCCGUGGUAUAUUGGGACUUUUAUUCUACUAUUUGUGCAAGUCGACUACAGAGAAAAACCUGGAUAUGUUGCGUGUGCAAUAGGUUCAAUUCUUGCGAUAAUUGCUGUUACGCUUGGUGCAACAAAGGGAGCUCACGCCUGGUGAGGUUUAUACGGACACUGGCUUUCGUUUUCUGUAAAUUGGAUGGGUCUGUUUUAUAUUCUCGCUCUAAGAACCCUUUCUUCAAUGUGUAAAGACAAGGAAAAACCUGGUUAUUUGUAAAUUCGUUCAUGUUCAUAUGAAAUGCAAUAUCAUUAUUAUAUAUUUAAGUUUUA